AUGUUUGGUCGUCGCUGGAACCCUGUUACGGAUAUCCCCGAUCUCACUGGUCGAGUGGCAAUCGUAACUGGCGCCAACAUUGGACUAGGUUAUCAGACCGCUCUCCAGCUGGCAAACCAUGGUGCGACGGUGUAUCUAACGACACGUUCGGAAGCCAAGGCUCUGGACACCAUCAAACGGCUGGAGGAAGCCAAUCCGUCUCUCACGGAUUCAGGAAGACUUCGAUGGCUCGAGCUCGAUUUGACCUUGGUUCAUAAUGCGAAAGCCGCUGCCGAGGAGUUCUUGAAAAAAGAAGCACGUCUGGAUAUCCUCGUGAAUAAUGCUGGACAAAUGGCAGCAGACUUCGAAGUCACCGCCGAAGGACUCUCACAUAUCAUGGCUUCUGAUCACGUCUCACCAUUUGCGUUUACGACUGCUCUCUUGCCCUUGUUGGAGAAGACUGCCCGUUUGCCCGAUGCAGAUGUACGAGUCGUCACGAUAUCCUCAAUACAACACUCUUAUGCUCCAACCUCCACCAAGUUCGUCACUCCAGCGGACUUCCGAGAUAUGUGUGGCCCAGAAGAGAGCGUAAAUAGCAGCAUUUUGCAACAGACCGCGCGGUAUGGCCAAGCGAAACUCGCUAACAUUCUCUUUGCCCGUGAGCUUCAAAGACGAUGGGAUGCUGCAGGCAUCCCCGGCAUUUCUAUAUCGCUCCAUCCCGGGGUUGUCCAUACGGCGGGCGCGGAGCGCGUCGCACGCUCCUUUGGUGCUGGAAUCCUCUGGCCUCUCGUAACAUUGUUUAUCAUGACUCCCCCGCAGGGUGCCAUCACCCAGCUGUUCGCAGCGACGAGCCCGGAUGUGCGUCAAAAUGUGGAAAAGUACAAGGGGCAGUACUUGGUGCCGUACGGAUCCGUAGCCACUCCAAGUGCAAUGGCUAGAAGGGAGGGAUUGGCGGAGGAGCUUUGGAAUUUGUCGGAGAAGGUGGUGCAGGAAAUCCUGGAAAAAGGGAAGAUCGACUGA